AUGUCGAUGAGCCCUCUAGUGCCCGACGCGCCCUUAUCUCCUAAGAGCCUCUCGAAUUGCCUCGCUGUCGUUAUCCUUGCUACUAUCGGCCUUGUCGCAACCCUGUGCGUCUUCCGUCGAGAACAGCCGGCUUGUACGUGCGAUAAUGACGUCAGCACAGGCUCCAGUCCAAUCAGCGGUGCCGGAGCUCCCGGUGGCGUUUCCCCCGUUAGUGAGCUCUCCGCUGCUAGAGUUAAGUGUCCCUCGGCUGGUGGCGCUGCUCCAAUUCGGCCUAUAGUAGAGAACGGGGCGAACGCUUAUAACGUGUACGCGCGGUUACCGAGUAGUCCCGCGGACACUUCUAAUCCGAUUCUCGCGGCGGCUGCUGCGGAAGAAAAGAAGCCGUUUAUUUACGUGUACGAUUUCGGUACCAACUGUACGGAUGACAUUUCCGGGAUGGAUGUUCCGCCGUACGCGUUACAUUUCGACCUCGAACGGAAAUUGACGGAGCAGAUUUUAUCUGACGCUGGAGGCGUUCGAACCCACGACCCGAAACAGGCGACUCUUUUCUUCGUGCCCUUUUAUUCUUCCCGACUGCUACAGUACUACCUGAGCGGCUCGAAAGGCGGUUCGGACGUGCGCGACGCGGUAGAGAAGGUUUCAAAGGUUUGGAUGGCUCUGCUGGUCAAGGUUCGGCGCGAGCCGCACUUUUACCGAUCCAACGGCCGCGAUCAUUUCUCGAUCUUGUCGACGCGGAACGGGAGAUGCGACGCGCUGACGUACAUAAACCCUAAGUUGCUCGGCGAGAUGUUCUUCGUGACUUAUAACGGGGAUAUUCUGGUCCGGAGCGUACACACGGGAUGGACACCCGACAUGCGGGUGCUGUCGUAUAACUAUAAAGCGCCCAUAAACGACUCUAUUCCGGACAUCGCCUGCUAUUCGCCUGGGCGAGACGUGGUCGUGCCGCCGCUGCUGACUCAGACACACGUCAUCCCCCCCUCGCACGGGCCCACUGCUGCUGCUGAUGCUGCUAGUGCUGCUGGUGGUGCUGCUGCCGUGGCAGGCGAUGGUUCAGGUGGUUUUUCAAGUGACUCUGCCGCUGCUGCAGCCGCCCCACCUGCCUAUGGAGGUCGCAGCAUCCGCGUGCUGAUGGUGACGUCAGCGGCCAACGUCGCUGACAUCAGCAACUUCAGGAUAAAGGAAGGCUUGCACCACAACUAUCCGGUGGAGAAGUGGUUGAUAGAGCUCUAUGCGUCCGACACAGCGCUCAUCCAAGGGUGGAAGGUGGUGUUCCGAAAUGACGACGAGGAGGCUCUAGGGGUCCGGGGGGAUACCCCUGAAAUUAGUAGUGCUGCUGCUCCUGCUGCUCCUGCUGCUGCUGCUGCUGCUGCUGCUGCUGCUGCUGCUGCUACUGCUGCUCCUGCGGAUGGUGCUGCUGAUGGUGCUGAUGCUGGUAGUGAUGGUGCCGGCGGUGCUGGUGACAACAGCGAGUGGGGCAACAGUGUCUUCUGCCUCGUACUGCCUGGUCGCGCCCAGUGGUCCUUCCAGCUCGCCAAGGCAAUCCUCUCAGGCUGCAUCCCAGUGACGUUCCUCCGUGCCAACGACAACCCCUGGGCCGCCUCACAGUACCACCACGCAGCAUCCCCCUCCUCCCCUCCUUCGGCCCUUAACUACCCGGUGUUCUCCCUCAACAUCGACCCAGCAGCGGUUGACUCGCUGCCCCGCAGGCUGCAGGAGGUGUUUGAUCAGCCAGGGCUUGUGGAGAGGCUGCAGCACAACCUGGGGCUCGUGCAGGACAUGUUCAAGUGGCAUGACUCGCUGGACCAGGGGCAGGGGCGGUGCUCACGAGCAGGCUGA